AUGAUUCAUGCUGGCAUGGAUGCAUGGGUGAAUUGGGUCAGCUUUGCAAUCUGUGCGACCCCAGUUCGCUCCCAACUUGCGGCACUCAUCUUUGCCAAACUAUUGAAGGCAAAAUGUGGCGUUGACCAGACUGCUCUUCCAGCAGAAACCAAACGUCAAGAUGCCUCCCCCACAGGCCUGGACGUCGAAGAGAGCCAUGAAGCUGAUGAAACAGACUCACUGCUCCCAAAAGACAAAAGCGAGGAUGCUGACGAAGACAAAGCUGCAAACGGUGCCGUAAAUCUGCUGGCGAUCGAUGUUCAGAGGAUUUCUAUAUUCGCUGGCUACAACGUUGACCUACUUCGCGGACUGGUCAAGAUCAUACUCUCCUCGAUAUUCCUGGUGUUCAUCCUCGGAUGGCAAAGUACUCUUGCUGGAUUUCUUGUUCCCAUCCUCCUACAGCCCGUGAGCAGUUGGGCCGCCAAUCAUUACACUGCCAGACAACUUUCUGUUAUGGCGGCUCGAGAUGAGAAAGCUUUCAUAGUGUCUGAAGUGCUACAAGGAAUACGACAAAUUAAACUCACAGCUACAGAAGACUUCUGGGAAAGGGCUAUCCUCAACGCCCGGGAGAAGGAGAUCCGAGCACAGUGGAGUGUCUUCGCCUGGGCCAUCUUCCUCACUGUGAUCUGGAUCACAAUGCCGGUAAUGAUCGGUGCGACCUCUCUGAGUGUGUACGCUGUUCUUGGCCGAAAUAUGGUACCAUCAGUUGCCUUUACAGCGUUGUCCCUAUUCUCGUCCCUCGAGUUCACGAUUGGUGCCAUACCCAACACAAUCACCGAGAUGCUGGAUGCACUAGUCAGCAUUGGUCGGAUAGAGCAGCACCUAAAGUCGCCGGAAGUUGGGAAUGCUGUAACGCCUGCCGAUGCCAUCGAGUUCGAAAAUGCAACCAUCGCGUGGCCGUCGCCUUUGCCAGAUCAUAUAAGCGGUCGUUUUACGCUGCGAGACCUGACGCUCAGGUUUCCGCCUAGGAAGUUGAGCGUAAUCCACGGCUCCACUGGUGUCGGCAAAAGCCUGCUUCUUGCUGCCAUCAUCGGCGAGGCCGAUCUUCUUGAGGGGACAAUCAAGAAGCCAACAAGACCCACUACCCACGAGCCAGGAAUACCAUCUAAUAACAAACUCGUAUCGAACACAUACGCUUUUGUUAGCCAGCAGCCAUGGAUCGAAAACGCUUCAGUCAGGUCGACAAUACUCUACGGGCUUCCAUACGACCGACAAAGAUACUUGGCAGCACUGCAUGCAUCUGCACUUGACCAGGAUUUGGAGAUUCUCCCUGAUGGCGACGAAACGGAGAUAGGACCAACAGGUGUAAAUCUAUCAGGAGGCCAACGCUGGCGCCUCACUUUUGCCAGGGCUCUGUAUUCAUCCGCUAGUACCCUUGUACUUGAUGACAUCUUCUCGGCCGUAGAUACGCAUGUCGGAAAGCACUUGCUUCAGCAUGGUAUCUGUGGUAAGCUCGCCGCUGACCGCACGAUCAUACUGGUCACUCAUCAUGUGGGUCUUGUGGCGUCAGUCGCUGAAUACAUGGUGAAUCUUGAUGAUCGAAGUAUCACCACUGGUAAAGUAUCACCAACGGAGGACCAUCUCAGCCUACCACUGUCUUCCAAGGACGCCCAAGUGGUCAGUCAUAACGAAGAAGACAAGGAUGCCGAAGCCGCUGCUGCAAAGCAACCGGCUAAGACGUUCGUAGCUGCUGAAUCUCGGGAACACGGCUCAGUCAAGUUUCAAGUCUACAGGACCUACUUCACAGCAUCCAAGGGCCGGAUAUACUGGGGCAUCGCCCUGGUCUUCUUCAUCUUUACGGCCGUCACAUCAGUAGGGCGUUCGACUUGGCUGGCGCUCUGGACAGAUCAAUACAAAGAACAGACGACCCCCGAGAUGGAAAGCUCUUCCACUCGUGGCCUUUGGUACUACCUUGGCAUCUACAUCGGCCUUUCGGCCAUCUCGAUAGUGCUUGUGUUUUCCAAGAUUGGCAUCAUACUUUUCGCAUCCCUGCGGGCCGCCCGAUACUUGUUCGAGAUGGCCAUCAAGAAUGUGCUGCGAGCCCCACUCCGUUGGCUGGACACAGAACCUUACGGACGUGUGUUGAAUCGCUUUGUUGGCGAUUUCGCCCUGAUCGACAGCAAGCUUGGUGGAGAUAUGAUGUGGUGUGCAGAAGGAGUCUUCUCUCUAGCUGCUAUCAUCGCAGCGUCAAUCUUCGUGUCGGCUUGGAUGCUGCUGCCCGUUGCAGUGCUUGCUGCCAUAGGUGUAUACAUUGCGUACCUCUUCCUCGACGGUGCCAGGGAUAUCAAGAGGCUGGAGUCGGUCUCGAAGUCACCAAUGUUCGAGCUCGUUGGAUCUACAGUUUCAGGCCUGUCCACAAUUCGUGCAUUUGGCAGAUCAGACGCAUACAUGGAGAAGAUGUAUUCCCUGAUCGAUACGUACGCACAGACGAGCUGGUACGUCCUCCUUGCGUCUCAAUGGAUGCGCUUCCGACAGGGCAUGCUGGGAGCGCUGUUCACGCUUUGCAUUGCUCUUGGAGUUGUCUUGUUCCCAACAAGUGCAAGUCUCGCAGGGCUGGCGCUCAGUUUCGCUCUCGACUACUCUUCCGUUGUUGAAAAUACAAUCACCCGGUACUCUGGGGUCGAGCUCGACAUGAACUCUGCUGAACGAGUCCUGGAGUACAGAGAUUUGACGACCGAGCCCCUGGGCGGCGAUGCUGCCCCUGCUGGGUGGCCUUCCCAAGGAAGAAUCCAUGUUCAGGAUCUACGGGCAGGAUAUGCUGUCGAUCUGCCGCCAGUUCUAAAUGGUGUCAACUUUGAUGUGCGUCCAGGCGAGAGAAUUGGCAUUGUUGGUCGGACCGGAAGCGGGAAAAGUUCCCUCACUCUGGCGCUCUUCAGGUUCAUCCAUGCCCGCACUGGUUCCAUCAAGAUUGACGAAGUUGAUAUCAAGAACUUGAAACUCCAAGAUUUGCGAAGUAACUUGGCGAUCAUCCCCCAGGAUCCAUUCUUGUUUAGCGGUACGAUUCGCAGCAAUCUUGAUCCUCAUGGACGCUGGACCGAUAAGGCUCUCCUGGAUGCAUUGAGGAGGGUUCGUCUCGUGGCGGGUUUCCAAGAUGCAAGUGUUUCGUUGAAUGGAACGUUGAGCCUUGAGUCUCCAGUGACACGCACGAAUCUGAGUCAAGGUCAAAAGCAACUGCUAUGCUUAGCUCGUGCCAUGAUCUCGCAGCCAAAGAUCCUUAUUCUUGAUGAAGCUACAAGUGCUGUCGACAUGACCACUGACAGCCUGAUUCAAAAAAGUAUUCGGGAGGACUUUGCUGGUAGCACCUUGCUUGUCGUGGCUCACCGACUUAGCACUGUAGCCGACUUUGAUCGAAUACUGGUUAUGAGCAAUGGCCAGGUGGUUGAGUUUGACACACCACAUGCAUUGGCGGGCAUGCCGAACGGGGUGUUUCGCAGUAUGAUGGAAAGCAGUGGCGAGUCGCAUGCCCUGCGGAAUUUGUUGCAGAAGCAGUAG